CCGAGUCCCGUCUCUCCCUGAGAUCAUUAUCAGACACGGCAACGGGACCUGACACACACGGAGCUAGAGAGAGCGAACAGAACACCGCCCCCCUAAUUCCGACCCACCGACAAGGGAGGGAAAACGAUCGAAAACACCAGUCUUCUGAUCAACCAACACCUUCUCUUACUUUUACGCAUAUGUAACCACGAUCUCUCCAGUGACGUUAUCGCUGAAUGUGGGGUUGGAGGCCACUCGGAUACAAUCUGCGCUCUGCUGGUCUGUUUUCACUGCAGUAAAACGGUUUGCUCCGAUCCUCCCCCCGAGUCACGGAUUUGAGAGGGAAGCGGCGCUAUGCAGCUCGCGGACUGACCAGCCACCGACACCGCGAGGGGAUCUCUGCAGUGGCCCUGUGAAUUUGCGUAGUUAAGAUUUAUACGCGUUAUAUUUCACGGCACAUUUUUUUGACAGCUACCCAGGUCGCUGUCAGUGCAUUCGGCUGGUUCUGUAAGUGUGACUAAAUGGAUUCUAAAUGAUCUUGAUAACAUAUCGACUCAAAGGUUCGACAACUAUAGACAUGGUUUGGCCCUAUUGGAUUACCUGUGUUCCUGUGGGACAACCAAUCCAGACGCAGUAGCUAUAAUUUUCAAGGCAGCCCACUUGGACGGACAGCCACCCUCUGCAAACCUAUUGGCUGGCUAACACUGCUCUCUGGAUCCUGACUGAUUCUGGCGGAAGUGUGGAUGGAGCCAAGGGAUCUGGUUGGCUCAGCCCGACCCAAGGAGGUAGAGUUAGGAGGUGGAAGGGCUGAGCCUGAAGAGGAAGAGCAAGUCCCAGCGCCACGGAGUGAUGAUGUCAUUGGUGAUGUGAUGGGCGAGCGCUGGGGGUCCCACGGAGAAGGGGAGGGGCUAGAGGAGCAGGAGUUCUCCAUUAAAGAAGCCAGCUUCCAGGAAGGAAGUCUGAAGCUGAAAAUCCAGACCACCAAACGCACCAAAAAGCCCCCCAAGAGUCUGGAGAACUACAUCUGUCCUCCAGAGAUACGGAUGACCAUCAGGCCCCAUUCAGGGGAGGGGCGAGGGGGCCGACUGGGGAGCCGUGCAGCACAGGACAAGGGACCCCCUAGGAAGAGGACAUAUGAGCGACCCUUCAGAGCAGCAGAACCCAGAGAGGGAGGCCUACUGCAACUACUGGGGGAUGUCACUCCCCCGAAACACCUACCCAAGCCCUCUAUCCUACACACCACACCACUGCCCCCACACACACUCACAUAUCAAUCCCAACAGCAACACACACAGCCACCACAACUCACACAACAAAAUACACACAUUCCAACUUGGGCCACGUCUCCUUCUGCACCGCCGGCCAAUCCAGUGCAUGCUGAGCCCAGCAAAGAGACACCAGGAGCCAAUAGGAGCCCUCUAACUGACCUGGCCCCUGCCUUUCUCAAACCUCCAAUGAAGAGAGUCCCAGAAAGCCCCUCCCCUUGCUCUUACAGCCCCUCCCCACAGCGACCCCUGAGCCCUGAUUCUGUGUUGCCUGUAGUAACGGACGCUAGUGUUCUGAACCUGACCUCUCUCUCCAGAGGGCGGGGCUUACAGGAAGUUAGCGAGCAGCUGUUUGGAAACAUCAAAAGGAAGUAUGGCAGAAAGGACCCCCAGAGGACUCUAGGUAAUACCCUCAAUGCUGAGCUGCCAUGGGGGAGGAAGGCAGAGAAAGAUAUGGAGAAUCCAACAGUUGUGGAGGAUCGGCAGAAGUACAGGAGGGAUGAGUUGGAUGGAGAAGAGAGAGAGGGCAGAAGGAGGACAGAGGAAGAGGAGGAAGAGAGGGAGAUGCCAUCGCUUGGUGCUCCUGUGCUGUCUGAGGAAGGAAAGGUGAGGAAGAGGAGGAGGCGGCGGUCUCUCCAGGAGUCACUCACUCUAGAGGACCAAUCAGUGCAUGGCACUGACAUCACAGAGAGGAGUGAAUCAGGGCCUCCAGAGCCCAAAGUGGCCCACAAGAUGGAGGGCCACAAUAUGGAGUAUCACAAGAGAGAGGCCCACAAGAUGGACUCCCACAGGAAUGAGACACGGUCAGGGCGAGUCGUAGAGGGUUGUCAGCCUGAUGGGGACAGAGGAGAAAGAGUGGAGAAAGAAGAGCGAGGGGAGAGAGCAGACAGAGGGGAGAGAGUAGACAGAGGGGAGAGAGUAGACAAAGGGGAG